UUUGCCGUGCACAGAAGGCCUCGGUGUCCCUGUCUGCUCCAGAAGUCCGGCUGUAUUUCGGUAGUCUGGGGGGCUGUCACUCCCGCACCCGCCGGGCGAUGAGCAUCGCAAGGAGAAGAGGCUUUUUUAGACAGGAAGUGAACAAAACCGUCUGGGAGCUGCCCAGGAGAUACACGUCCAUCCACCCCGUGGGGUCCGGGGCCUACGGCUCGGUGUGUUCAGCCAUAGACAAGAAGACAGGUGAAAAAGUGGCUAUCAAGAAGCUGUGCCGCCCGUUCCAGUCAGAGACCUUUGCCAAGAGAGCGUACAGAGAGCUCAUGCUGUUGAAGCAUAUGCAACAUGAGAAUGUCAUUGGGCUGCUUGAUGUCUUCACGUCUGCCCCCUCUUACCAUGGAUUCCAGGACUUCUACCUGGUGAUGCCAUACAUGCAGACAGAUUUACAAAAGAUCAUGGGACAUGAAUUCAGUGAUGAAAAGAUCCAGUACCUGGUCUACCAAAUGCUGAAAGGGUUGAAGUACAUUCAUUCUGCUGGAAUCGUUCACAGGGACCUGAAGCCAGGCAAUCUGGCUGUGAAUGAAGACUGUCAACUAAAGAUUUUAGACUUCGGCUUGGCAAGACACGCAGAUGCUGAAAUGACAGGCUAUGUGGUUACACGCUGGUACAGAGCACCAGAAGUCAUUCUGAACUGGAUGCAUUACAACCAGACAGUGGAUAUCUGGUCUAUUGGCUGUAUCAUGGCAGAAAUGCUGACCGGGAAAACGCUCUUUAAAGGAAAAGAUUACCUAGAUCAACUGACUCAGAUCCUGAAAGUAACGGGGUAUCCAGGAGAAGAUUUCGUGGAGAAGCUGGAAGACAAAGCGGCUAAAAGUUAUAUCAAGUCCCUUCCAAAAAUUCCCAAGAAGGAUUUGUCUGUGCUUUUCCCCAAAGCCAAUCCUCAGGCAGUGGACCUGCUUGACAAGAUGUUGCAGCUAGAUGUGGAAAAGCGCCUUACAGCCACAGAGGCUUUGGCCCACCCCUAUUUUGAUCAGUUUCGAGACACUGAGGAGGAGACAGAAGCACAACAGUCCUAUGAUGAUUCUCUGGAACAUGAAAAACUUUCAAUAGAUGAGUGGAGAAGUAAGAAGUUUAUCUUCUUUGAAGUUCUCAUCAUCCUGUCCCUGGCUAGCAUGGGACUUUCCUGCCUCUUUUUUCUGUUUCCUGUGCACAUGCUGAGUAAGGCUGGCUUUACUACUAUGCCUCAGUGAUAAACAGUGUGUGUCUCCCUUUCCUUGCUCUUGUCUUUAUGCAUUCAGCUAAGAUCUCUACACUUUGUCUUUCUCUUCCUCCCAGCUUACACCUGUCAUAUCCUUUCAGCUGAAUACUUCCUCUUAGUCCAUGUAAUGAUCAAAGUUUCAUUUGUGUCCGCUAAAAUCAAAUGACAGUAACAUGGUAGUGAUAUUCACGAUUAUUUUGUUCUGUUUUUCAAGAGCAUAUUUACAAGGAAAUCUUGUCCUUCAGUCCAAUUGCACGGAAGGACUCAAAGAGGCGAAGUGGAAUGUCAUUGUAGCAACUGAAGCAGCUGUGACUGGAAUUCGUUUCUUGUGCUGAAUGACAGAUGGGAUUUGCACCACAUUGCCUUGCUCUUAAUUAUCAUUUGGCCUGUAGGACUUCCUUGUGUGUGAACACAAGGAUGACACCAUGCUGUGGGCAUUGGACUUUGUACUAACAGAGGGGAAUGUAACUCAAACAGUUCUCAACACUAAAGAUAAAUACACUCUCGUUGAAACUCCAAA